GUCAAGAUAGAGCAAAGGGGAAAAUAUGCCAUUGAAAUUGUUGUUAAUUGCAUCUUUAAGUUGUCGCAACAUGUUGUGCACUUAGCGCUGUUUCGUGGCUCGACGUGCAAGCGUCUGGCACGAUGCUUCAGGCUGCGGCUAAAACGCUUUCAUUAUCUCGGGGCGCAUCGUUUAGUAUUCGACGUUAUUCUGUCAAGACACCAACAAAACUUCGGGUGUCCGAAGCAGUUUCAGGAGCUCAGUUGGGAGGAAAUGUCAAAGUACAGGGAUGGGUUCGCUCUGUUAGACCUCAGAAGGCGAAUCUCUUUCUCCAUGUGAACGAUGGGAGCUCUCUGCAGUCUUUGCAGGUGGUCGCCAGCUCAGAGCUGAACGAUCCAUUGCUCACACUUGGUAGUGCUGUCGAAGUCACAGGUACUCUUAGAAAAAGUCCACACCAAAAACAACCAGUUGAACUGGAAGCAGACCAAAUCCAUGUAAUUGGAGUUUGUAACCCUGUGGAUUUCCCCUUCAAAAUAAAAGAGCGACACAGCCUUGAGUAUAUUCGCCAGUUCCCUCAUCUCAGGUGUAGAACAAAUGCCUUUAGCUCCCUGUUGAGAAUACGAAGUGAGGCCACUACAGCGGUGCACUCUUAUUUCAAGGAAAAUGGCUUUGUGCAGAUUCACACUCCGGUCAUCACCUCAAAUGACUGUGAAGGGGCAGGGGAGCUCUUUCAGGUUGAGCCGUCAGGCCCGGAGAAUGAAGAGGGCGAGAAGUUUUUCUCUGUUCCAGCUUUCCUGACUGUAUCUGGCCAGCUUCAUCUGGAAGUGAUGUCAGGGGCUUUUUCGAAAGUCUACACAUUCGGGCCAACUUUUCGAGCAGAAAACUCCCAAAGCAGGCGCCACCUGGCUGAGUUUUACAUGGUGGAGGCCGAGGUCUCCUUCACACAGUCCUUGGAAGAUCUCACCAAGGUCAUGGAGGACAUGUUCAGGUCUGCCACGGAGCAUGUCUUGGCUCACUGUGCCGCGGAUGUGGAUUUGUUUCACAAGCAUGUGACUCCUGGACACAGGAACACUGUGGAAGCUAUGCUGAAGAAGAGAUUCCCUGUGAUUACCUACAGUGAAGCUAUUGACAUCCUAAACCACAGCUCCCAGAAAUUUUCCUUCCCAACAAACUGGGGCUGUGACCUUCAGACGGAACACGAGAAGUACCUGGUGAAACAUUGCGGCAACGUUCCAGUCUUUGUCACUGAUUAUCCUUAUGAUCUUAAGCCUUUUUAUGCAAGAGACAACCAGGAUCACCCCAGGCAUACGGCAGCUGCAGUGGAUCUUCUGGUGCCGGGAGUUGGAGAGCUCUGCGGGGGCUCUCUGAGAGAGGAGAGGCUGGAUCUGCUGAGGGCUCGGCUGGAAGAGGCUGGAUUAGAAGACACCUACAGCUGGUAUCUGGAUUUGAGGCGCUUUGGCUCCGCCCCCCAUGGUGGUUUUGGAUUGGGAUUUGAGCGUUUUCUGCAAUGCAUUCUAGGUGUCGACAACAUCAAAGAUGUGAUUGCUUUCCCUAGAUUCUCCCGUUCUUGUCAUCUAUGAAAUGGAAUUACGGCCAAGUAGAUAUUUUACGUCUGUCUUUGCUGUUUGUCAAACAUCAAAUAAAUAUUAUAUUCAA